CAGGCCUAACCGCCCAACCGCCCAACCGCCCAACCGCCCAACCGCCCGGCGACUGGGUUGGGGACCCGCUCUCCCCCUGGAUCCUGAGUUUCCCCACCUUUGGUUCAGUUCAAGGCAACAUUAGGCAGCGCGGCGGGGCAACUGCAGCCGACUAGGCCGGGACGCACCUUGGAAAGAUGUUCCCCUGCACCCAGAUGGCGGUCAUUAGAAAGGGUCUGCAAGAAUCCAUCCGCCUCCUGGCCUGCAGAAAGAACAGAAACAUGAGCACAGCAGGAAAAGUAAUAAAAUGCAAAGCAGCUGUGCUAUGGGAGAUAAAGAAACCCUUUUCCAUUGAGGAGGUGGAGGUAGCAGCCCCUAAGGCUCAUGAAGUCCGUAUAAAGAUGGUGGCCUCAGGGGUCUGUCGGUCAGAUGACCACGUGGUUACUGGAAACUUCGCCACACCUCUUCCUGUGAUUGCAGGCCAUGAGGCAGCCGGCAUUGUGGAGAGCAUUGGAGAAGGAGUGACUGCAGUAAAGCCAGGUGAUAAAGUCAUCCCACUCUUUACUCCCCAGUGUGGAAAAUGCAAUGUUUGUAAACAUCCGGAAGGCAACUUCUGUGUGAAAAAUGAUCUGAGCAUGCCUCGUGGGACCAUGCAGGAUGGUACCACCAGGUUCACCUGCAAAGGGAAGUCCAUCAACCACUUCCUUAGCACCAGCACCUUCUCCCAGUACACAGUGGUGGACGAGAUCUCAGUGGUCAAAAUUGAUGCAGCUGCACCACUAGAUAAAGUCUGUCUGAUUGGCUGUGGAUUCACAACUGGCUAUGGGUCUGCAAUCGAAGUUGCCAAGACCAAGCAUCACCAACCUACCUGCUCUGUGGAAACCUAUGAGGAAAGCAAGAAAGCUGAG